GUUUAGCUCUCAAAAGUGAAAAUUUUCUUGAUUUUUCUUCUUAAGUAAAAAAAAAAAAAAUAAUUAAGUAGAGUGAGAGACUGAAAACUGCAGCCCACCUAAGUUUAAUCAUUAAUAGUGAGUUCUUUGGUGACCUUAGGUCCUCAUUUUGGAGUUUGGAAUCUGACCUUUCCCCAAAGAUAAACAUGCUUGUUGCAGGUUCUGAGGAGGGUCACUCCCUCGCUGCCAUCAGAAGAGUCCACUUCUCAGUGACUCCUGGCUGGGAACUGGAUGCAUUAGAGGGUAGCUAGUCAAUAUGAUUCUCCUCGCCGUGCUUUUUCUCUGCUUCAUUUCCUCAUAUUCAGCUUCAGUUAAAGGUCACACAACUGGUCUCUCAUUAAAUAAUGACCGGCUGUACAAACUCACAUAUUCCACCGAAGUUUUUCUUGAUCGGGGCAAAGGAAAACAAGAAGACAGUGUAGGCUACCGAAUUUCAUCUAAUGUGGAUGUCAUCUUACUCUGGAGGAAUCCUGAUGGCGAUGAUGACCAACUUAUCCAAAUAACAAUGAAAGAUGUAAAUGUUGAAAAUGUGAAUGAGCAGAGAGGAGAGAAGAGCAUUUUCAAAGGAAAAAACCCACCCAAAAUCAUAAGAAAAGAAAACCUAGAAGCUUUACAAAGACCUGUGCUCCUUCAUCUAGUCCAUGGAAAGGUCAAAGAAUUCUACUCAUAUCCAAAUGAACCGGUGGCUAUAGAAAAUCUCAAGAGAGGACUGGCUAGCCUAUUUCAGAUGCAGUUAAGCUCUGGAACCACCAACGAGGUAGAUAUCUCUGGGGAUUGUAAGGUGACAUACCAGGCUCAUCAGGACAAAGUGACUAAAAUUAAGGCCUUGGAUUCAUGCAAAAUAGAGAGAUCUGGAUUUACAACCUCAAAUCAGGUCUUGGGUGUCACUUCAAAAGCCACAUCUGUUACUGCCUAUAAGAUAGAAGACAGCUUUGUUAUAGCUGUGUUUGCAGAAGAGACACAUGCUUUUCGGAUGAAUUUUCUACAGACCAUCGCAGGCAAUAUAGUAUCAAAGCAGAAAUUAGAGCUGAAGACCACUGAGGCAGGCCCAAGACUGAUACCCGGAAAGCAGGUGGCAGCCAUAAUUAAAGCUGUUGAUUCAGAGUACAGGGCCCUUCCCAUCGUGGGACAGAACUUACAGAGCGAGUGUAAAGGAUGCCCUUCUCUGGCAGAGCACUGGCAGUCGACCAGAAAACACCUGCAGCCUGACAACCUCUCCAAGGCUGAGGCUGUCAGAAGCUUCCUGGCCUUUAUUCAGCAUCUCCGGACGGCAAGAAGAGAAGAGAUCCUCCAGAUCCUCAAGGCUGAAAGCAAGGAAGUGUUGCCUCAACUGGUGGACGCUGUCACCUCUGCUCAGACUUCAGACUCAUUAGAUGCUAUUUUGGACUUUUUGGAUUUCAAAAGUGACAGUAGUGUUAUCCUCCAGGAGAGGUUUCUCUAUGCCUGUGGAUUUGCCUCCCAUCCCGAUGAAGAACUCCUGAGAGCCCUCAUUAGUAAGUUCAAAGGUUCCUUUGGGAGCAAUGACAUUAGAGAAACUGUUAUGAUCAUCGCUGGGGCCCUCGUCAGGAAGCUGUGUCAGAAUGAAGGCUGCAAACUCAAAGCAGUGGUAGAAGCCAAGAAGUUAAUCCUGGGAGGACUUGAAAGAGCAGAGAAAAAAGAGGACACCAUGAUGUACCUCCUGUCUCUGAAGAAUGCACUGCUCCCAGAAGGCAUCCCACUCCUUCUGAAGUACGCAGAGGCAGGGGAAGGGCCCAUCAGCCACCUUGCCACCACCACGCUCCAGAGAUACGAUGUCCGUUUCAUAACUGAUGAGGUGAAGAAGACUUUGAACAGGAUAUACCACCAGAAUCGUAAAGUUCAUGAAAAGACUGUACGCACUACUGCAGCCACUAUCAUUUUAAACAACAAUCCAUCCUACAUGGAAGUAAAAAACAUUCUGCUCUCUAUUGGGGAGCUUCCCAAAGAAAUGAAUAAAUACAUGCUCGCUGUUGUUCAAGACAUCCUACGUUUUGAAAUGCCUGCAAGCAAAAUGGUCCGUCGAGUUCUGAAGGAAAUGGUUGCUCAUAAUUAUGACCGUUUCUCCAAGAGUGGGUCCUCUUCUGCCUACACUGGCUACAUAGAACGUGCUCCCCACUCGGCGUCUACUUACAGCCUGGACAUUCUUUAUUCUGGUUCUGGCAUCCUAAGGAGAAGUAACCUCAACAUCUUUCAGUACAUUGGGAAAGAUAAUCUUCACAGUAGCCAGGUGGUCAUUGAAGCCCAGGGGCUGGAGGCCUUAAUUGCAGCUACUCCUGACGAGGGGGAGGAGAACCUUGACUCCUACGCUGGCAUGUCAGCCAUCCUCUUUGAUGUUCAGCUCAGACCUGUCACUUUCUUCAAUGGAUACAGUGAUUUGAUGUCCAAAAUGCUGUCAGCAUCUGGUGACCCUGUCAGUGUGGUGAAGGGACUCAUUCUGCUGAUAGAUCAUUCCCAGGAGCUUCAGUUGCAAUCUGGACUAAAGGCCAAUAUGGAUGUCCAGGGUGGUCUAGCUAUUGACAUUUCAGGUGCAAUGGAGUUUAGCCUGUGGUAUCGGGAGUCUAAAACCCGGGUGAAAAAUCGGGUGGCUCUGGCAAUAGUUGGCAGCAUCACUGUCGACUCCUCUUUUGUGAAAGCUGGCCUGGAAAUCAGUGCAGAAACAGAAGCAGGCCUCGAGUUUAUCUCCACGGUGCAGUUUUCUCAGUACCCGUUCUUGGUUUGCAUGCAGAUGGACAAGGAUGGAGCUCCAUUCAGGCAAUUUGAGACCAAGUAUGAAAGGCUAUCCACAGGCAGAGGUUAUGUCUCUCGGAGAAGAAAAGAAAGCGUCAUAGCAGGAUCUGAAUUCCCGCUCCACCAAGAGAACUCUGACAUGUGCAAGGUGGUGUUUGCCCCUGAGCCUGAGAGUAGUUCUGGCGGUUGGUUUUGAGACUGAUUGGUAAGGUUUCACUUGGAUCUGUCUUCUGAGAAGGGAUACGAUGUGACAUGCCUAUAUACUUGCUCUCUGAGAGCACAGUGUUUACAUAUUUACCUGUAUUUAAGAUUUUUGUAAAAACCUCUGAAAAACCUCAAAUGAUUAAAUAUGGGCCCAAUUCCGUGUA